CCUCGCCGCCCCAAGCAUUCGGGAUCUGAUCACACCUACCCCUCAUUUCAGGACCAAAGUACAGCUCCGUCUCUCCUUGCUAUCACCACCGUUUCUCUCUUCGCCUGUGCAGGAGAUGGCGGCGCCCAACAUCCCCCCGGGCUCCUUCGCAGCGCCCGAGGGCGUUUACACAGCUGCUGCCAUCACCCUCCCGCUGGCUGAGUUGCCCAUCAGCGGCAAUAUCCCACUCGCCAUGGUCCCCGCCAGCAUGCCGACUGCCUCCAGCUCUCACGAUAGUGCUGCAUCAUCGGGAGGUGCGGGAGGCGCCGCCACAAACGCUGGACCUGGUAGGGCGGGAGCUACGGCCAUGCUCGGCACGCCGUCUUCCUCCGGGGCAGCAGCCGUCUCUCCUUCCAAUAGCGCAAGCGGCCUGGGUCCUUCAGGCUCAACGGCAAUUGCUGCCAACGCUGCGAACGUCACUUCUCUGCCUCCGUACAAUACACUGGCUCCCUCCCUCCUGCCCCCAUCCUGGCGGAAAGAGCUAGGUUGCAUCGUCCAGCCCAGUCUUAGCUCGGCCUCUAUUCGGUGGGGACCGCCAGGGAGUAGCAGUAGCGACUUCACCGGCGCUCUCAUUGCUGGCGUUGGAGUCGUCGGCGGGCGCAAGAAUAAGGAUCCUGGUACAGAUGCUUCAGGUACGGGCUCCAAUACACCAGCUAGUGGAGGGCGAAGGCUUCGCAAGGCUUCGAAUGCUGCGACUGGAAUCAACAAUGCCAAUGAGAUCUCGACGGCAUCGGCAUACAGGGGUCCCAAUCCCCCCAUCGAAGGCGUGAUGGUGUCUCAAGGAAUCGAUGCUCCUGCGUCUUCUACCAUGGGAGGUUCGGGAGGAAUGAUCGGAAUGAGCGCUCUUACUUCCUACGGCUUCCUGCCGAGCAACAAUGGGAGAGAUCCUUUCGAUCUGACCUCGGCCCUGGAUCUGAGAGGUGAAGCCUCCGGAGGGAUGAUUAGUCCUACAUCUACUUUCAAGGCUGCGAAGAACGCUUCUAAGCCGAAGAACAAUGUCAAGCAAUCCAAUUCGAGCUUCAUCAUCCGAACGUGGGUCCACCCCGAUCUGAAGGACAUCCUUUCUUCGUUGGAGAAGGCAUACAAUGCUCGUCAUGGCAAUCAGGAUGACGGAGACGAAGAUGAAGCGCAAGGCUCGAGGGUCUAUCAUCAUCAGCCGCCUUUCUACAUCACGCAACGAGGCCGGACCCUCCUGUGGUUCCUACCCCAUCUGCCCAGCCCCGCUGGAGGUGCGGCUCCCUCGACAAAUGUCAACGACCAGUCGCAACAGCCAACGGUCCUCCUUCGAAUCCUGUUUUCCUCUCCUCCAUCCUCACACGACCUCAAUCAGCUUACCCGCUCCCCUACAACACUCGACUUGGUCGUCGGCUUUCCCACUGGAGACCUGAUCUGGAUAGACCUGAUGGCCCUCAAGUACUCGCGCUUCAACAAGGGUGGAUGCUGCACGGACAGCGGCGUGACCAAGGUGCGGUGGCUGCCAUCGAUUUCCCAAUUCGCUACUGGAGCGAGUGGCAGCGGUGGAGGAGGAGCGAGCGGGGCAGGUGGAGCCGGCGCAGGGGGCGGCGGUGAAGGACUCUUCGUCAGCGCCCACGUAGACGGAUGCAUGCUGAUUUGGGACCGGGAGAGGGAAGACGCAGAAGCCGGCAAAGGCUGGGCGCCUCGUCUUUGGAGACUCAAAGGCAACACCCCGGGUCGGCGUUCCUCUACGGCGAGCGUAGUGGACUGGGAUCCGCGGCGCAACAUCAUCGUCAGUCGACCUGGCCUCGUUCAUCAGCCUGGCUCACACGAGAGCGAGGCGUUGAUCAAUGGCGCAUCCUCGGCCGGGCUCAACUACGCUGGGGAAGGAUACAGCUCAUACGAUAGCGGGGCUACACAAACGGCUGCAGGUCUGCUCUCGCCGAAGAGGGAAGAGACCCACCUGCCUGGAGAAGAGGAGCAGGUCGCGCCCGCUGGAGGAGCAAAACACACGACUCAGCAAGCUCCGAAGUGGGACAAGAAUCCAGUGACGCAUUGGAGGGUCUCGAGAAGCAAGAUCAAUGACUUUGCCAUUUCGCCGGACUUGGGUUGCAUAGCUGUCGUCAGCGAGGACUCGCUGCUAAGAAUCAUCGAUUUGUCAUCCGAGGCACUGGUCGCCUCUCACUCUUCAUACUUCGGAUCAUUCUUGUCUCUCUCGUUCUCCACGGACGGUCGUUAUCUCCUGACGACCUCCUGCGAUGAUCUUGUGUCCCUCUAUCAACCGCGGCCGACGACUGCUCACGGCGUCUCACAGCCUACCCCCUCGCGUCUCCUAGCCCGAUGCGUGGGCCACUCCUCUUGGGUCAGAGGGGUAGCCUUCGACCCCUAUCGAUGGAGAGAAGGAGACCGGACGUACCGCUUUGGCAGUGUAGGCGAGGAUGGCAAGGUGUGCCUCUGGGAUUUUGCUGGCGGUAGAAGUCUAGGCAGGAUCAAAGCCACCGGCGGAGGAGCAGGCGCAGAUGGCAAGCGACCCUCCUCGAUCCAUCUAGGGUCUUACUCACAAAAGCAACAGCGACCCGGCAACAGCAACAGCAUCGGCAACGAAGCACCGACCAGCAGCGCCGCCGGCGCGGAUGGCGAGGAGACGCACGACCCCUUUGACAUCUACCACCCUGCCCCCUCCCGCUCGGCCAUCCCUACGCUGCAGCCGAUUGCGACGCAUCAGCUUUCUGCCAGCCUCCUCUCCACCACGACGAACAUCAUGGUCACCACUUCGACAUCGCCUUUGGCUGCCAUUCGCUUUUCGCCAAAGGGAUUUAUCGUGCUCCACGACAAUGGCGUCACCACAUCCUGGGAGCGACCUAGGGGCAAACGGCCGCUGGUCUUGCAGCAGACAGAGGAGGAGCUGCAGCAGGCGGCCGCCAAGCGGGACGCAGGCGCUGGCAAGGCUUCUGGAAAGGGCGCGGCGGGGCUGUUGAGCAAAGGGUGGGGAAGCAUGAGGGGCGGGCUCACCAGGACCCUCUCCACGGGACCUGCCCCGCCGCAGAGCCCGCAGAUGGGGGGCGCUGGGGCGCUGCAGAGCUACAGCAUGCAGAACACGGCUUCUGCUGGGCUUGGUUGAGCAGGCGAAGCGACAAUCCGAAGUUACACGAUGUAUAGUAGCCACAGCGCGACGAUCGAAUUGGGCAACAUGUGCCAUGCUUUCGAAUAUAGAGAUUUCAUGCUUCUAUGCGUUACUGUUUCCGUCCUCCUUCUACAAG